CAUGGGUAUGAUAAUUGCAAAUGGUGAACUUUGAACUGGCGACAAAAGACGUGUUCGAAUUCUUUUAAAAAUAAUUAGAGUGUUCCAGGACUCUUGAUAAUUGCGCGAUCAAAAUUUUCCAGUUAAAACUUUUCGCGCCUGGGUUAGGGUCCGCCCGGGCUCUCUCGGCCCACGAGUGCGGAGAAAUGUCGUUACGAACGGUAGCGCAACGUCUCCUGCAAAAUGGUCGUGUCCUUCUCCGUUCAGUACGCAAUCCACAAUAUUACACGCAAGGCAACAAAAUACACGUUGUGGAAGUAGGUAAGACCCAGGGCCAGCUGCCUACGGGUGGUAAUGUCUCUGCUGCAGGGAGACACCUCGGAUUCCUGGGACUCCAUGCUCGGCGGAUAUUUGUUGACAAUGUUUUGAAGCGAGUGACCAAUAGUCUCGCCGGAGAUUUACGACGUCGUGCAGCAAAACGUUUAUUAUUUGGAGAUUCAAGACCAUUCUUUGCUCUGGUUGGCGUAUCGCUGGCAUCUGGUACUGGAAUACUUACCAAAGAUGACGAGCUGGAAGGCGUUUGCUGGGAAAUCAGAGAGGCUGUGUCUAAGGUACAAUGGAACACUCCAAAAAACGACCAGAAUUACGAAGCAACAACGAUUGAAGACAAGCCAGUUGAUUUAAAGGAUUUUGUAAUUGGACCAGCAAUAGCCAAAGGAUGCUCAGCAGUCGUGUAUGCCACUCGUCCGAUUGACCCCGAAGAAAAACAGGAUUCUCAAAUUACUGUUGAUACCAGUAAUAAGGAUCUGUCCAGCUUUCCGUUAGCUAUUAAAAUGAUGUUCAACUAUGACGCAGAGUCUAAUGCAACAGCUAUUUUGAGAGCUAUGUACAGAGAGACUGUACCAGCUAGAAAACAUUGUCAGAAUGAAGAACUGGCUUUGUGGGAGCAGAAAAUGGCUGACAACAAAAGAAUUCUUUCUCCACAUCCGAACAUCGUUGCUAUGUAUUGCGUUUUUGCCGAUAGAGUUCCUGAUUUACCAGGAUCAUCGAAAAUGUAUCCUGACGCUCUUCCACCUAGGAUUAACCCGAACGGCUCUGGAAGGAAUAUGAGCCUCUUUUUGCUGAUGAAAAGGUAUGAUGUUAGCUUGAAACAAUAUAUGGUGGGCAGAGAAUUAAUCGUUCGAAAAUCGAUAUUAUUGUUAGCACAACUAUUGGAAGGGAUUGUUCACAUGUGCUCAGCAGGUAUUGCACACAGGGAUCUCAAAAGUGACAAUAUUCUUCUGGACCUUUCAGAAGAACGUGAUAAUUGCCCGUCGUUGGUAAUAACUGAUUUUGGAUGCUGCUUGGCAGACAAAACUCAUGGUCUCUACCUGCCAUAUAGUUCUCACGAUAUUGACAAAGGAGGAAACAGUGCACUGAUGGCUCCAGAAAUCGUUAAUGCUGAACCCGGACCAUUCACUAGCUUGAAUUACACAAAAGCUGAUCUGUGGGCUGCAGGGGCUAUUGCAUACGAAAUAUUUGGUCAGAAGAAUCCAUUUUAUGGGGAAAAAGGGCAAAAACCACUACUGAUGAACCACAGCUAUAUAGAAUCGGAAUUACCGCCACUUCCAGAAGCAAUACCACCUGUUAUUGUAGCAUUGGUUAAGAAUAUGCUUAACAGAAGCAUGUACAAGAGAAAUAAUCCUGAUAUGGCGGCAACCAUUAUACAAGUGUUUCUCUGGGCACCAAGCAUUUGGUUAAACAGCGACAGUAAAUUACCGUCAAGCAACGAGAUUCUUCAAUGGCUUCUGUGUCUCACGACCAAAGUUCUUUGCGAGGGUCGAAAGAUCACUGAUUCUACGCCAAAUCAACUUUCUCAGAAAUUGAACGCAGAUCUCAUUUCCAAUCGUGAAUAUACUCAGCAAAUAUCUACCCGAUCAUGUGGACGUCGCACAAUGCCCGAGUAUCAAUUGAUAGCCAGCUUUUUAAGUAGAGUUUCGCUGAUAAAUGUAAGAGAUGCGUUGAAGUGGAUUCAUAACCACACUUAAACUCUAGUAUUAUUGGAAGGAAACAAGAGAUGAUUCUUAGAGUAUUGUAUACUGAUGCAUUGAUAAAACAUGAUAUGCUGGUAGAGAUCAGUUUAUGUGCUUUAUCUCUUGAACUUUGAUAAAUUUUAUUUAUUUCUUCAAUAGUCUUCAAAACUUUACAAAAAUGUUGGUUCGGGAAUCAUAUUACUAUUGGGUAUAACCAACAUGGUUACACGCUAUUACAAUACAAGGCAAUCCUUACAUUGAGAAAAAAUGUCGAAAAUGAAUUUCUACGUUACUUCCAAAACACGUAUGCCUAUUCAUCUUACUGUACAUAAAUUUUCUGAUUUAAGGAAGAAUAUUUUUUCUUCUCUUCUGUAACUGCGCGAAGCACAAAAAAUGGUACUGCAAAAUAAUGUUAUGUCAGUCUCUUCUUUUUGGUGAAAGUGCCUUUGAAAAGGAUGUACAGAUAUUAUCAGCUUUAUUUUUGAACCUAUUACGUUGUUUUUCAAAUUUUAUUCUAUUUAUAUCAUUGUUAAUCCACAACAAGCAUUUUCAAUACGUGAAAGAAAUAAGGUUCCUUGAAUAAACAAUUUGUUGUAUUAUAAAAUUGAGCACUGUGAAUUUUGCCGUACCAGCAAAUAUCGAUGAAAGUCUCAACAUACUGCGGAACUACUCGUACUUUGCGAUACACUUAAUUGUAUCGAGAUAAGUAAGAGUCUGUUGAAAUAUUGAGUUCCUCAUGAUGAAUUACAUAACAUUAUUUAUUGGAGUUUGGUUAAAUAUCUCACAGAAAUCCUAGUCGAAUAUUGAUAAAGAGUAUAUUUCUCUAAAUUAUCGUGUUCUAAAAUCUAGCUUUAGGGGAAAUUAUGUUGAAUUGGCUGUUAUUAUUUCAUUGUAUUUGUGAAAACUUGUAUAUGAGAUGUAAAUAUCGAUUUGAAGUUGAACUAGAAUCCAAAUAGAGAAUACAAAUAUACGUGGAAAGUGCUCUUAA